AUUUUCCCCCACAAUGAAACUCGCGCACUUAUUGGCAUUGGUUGCUUUUAUUAGUAUUGUUUUAUUAUUGUAAGAACUAUAAUAUUUGUAAAGAUAUUAAUAAUUGUAAUGAUUCUAAAUAAAUAAAUAGAAUUUUAUUGAAUUAUUUUAUGUAUAAAUAUCACCAAGUUUUUUUUUAUUUAUUCAAAAAAAUAUUCUUAUAUGAUUAUAACCUCAAUAAAUAUUUUUCAAUGGCUAAAGUUAUCAACAAAACAAAAAUAACUGGAAAAAUAGUUUGUGAUAAACGUGAAUUAGAUCUUGGGAUAACUCUAAAAGGUGGUCAGAGUUUCAGAUGGACAGCAAUAGAAAAUGGAAAAAAAUACCGAGGAGUUUUCGCCGGAGAAGUUUGGACACUUCAUCAAGAUGACCGUCAUAUUUAUUAUAAAACCCACGGAUCAAAACUAAAAAAUUCACUGGAUUGUGAAAACGAAUUAACAAAAUAUUUUAAUCUUCACGUAUCUUUGAAAGAAAAUUUAGAAAAUUGGUCUUCUAAUGACGAAAACUUUGAAAAAUUUUCAAACAUCGUUGAUGGUGUUCGGAUAUUAAACCAAGAUGUAGUAGAAAAUACUUUUUCAUUUAUUUGUAGUGCGAAUAAUAAUAUUGUCCGUAUAACUGGAAUGGUAGAGAAAAUGUGUCGGCAUUUCGGCAAGAAAAUUUGUCAAUUAAACAAAGAAUGGUACCAUGAUUUCCCAACAAUCGAAUCUCUUGCACAAGACAAUGUUCAGUCAUUAUUAUCAACUGAAGGAUUUGGCUACCGCGCUCCAUAUAUUCAUAACACAGCCAAGAAAUUAGUCGAACUAGGAGGCCGGAAGUGGUUGGAGAGUCUCCACAAGCAGCAUGGAGCCGAGUAUGAAACUGCAAGACAAGCGAUUCAAGUUUUACCAGGAGUGGGUCCUAAAGUUGCUGACUGCAUUUGUCUGAUGUCAUUAGGGCACUUGGAAUCUAUUCCAGUUGACACACAUAUCUAUCAAGUUGCUCGAGAAACUUAUUUGCCGAAUCUAAAACAAGUUUCGUCAGUAACUCCAGCAAUUUAUCAUGACGUCAGUCGUCACUUGCGGACCACGUGGGGCCCACUGGCUGGCUGGGCACAAGCUGUAGUUUUCUGCACGAGAAUAAAAGACAACUCCCGUAAGAAAAAGACUCAGAAUGACGUCAAUGAUAACUCUAGUAAAAAAUUAAAAAAAAAAUAGUAAUGACU